AUGGCGGGUCCAAUGCGACAUUUGUCGUAUCAUCACGAGCCAGAACCACAAUCCGCGAACUCGCUGAUUGCGGAAAUCAACGUGCAACUGGCGUUGUUCCGCGACCUGCUUAUCCACAUAGGACAGCCCCAUGACUGCCCUGAACUCCGAGAACGUGUACGCAGACUGCGAAGAACCUGCGUGGAAGCUACCAAACAAACCAGCCAGCUGGUCCUGCCAACCUGCAAGAAAUCAACAAGUGAAGGCUGCUCAGAUCAACCUCAGCUGGUUCUCCUAUACUUCAUGUCACAACUACUUCUCCGUGAACUCGCUAAAUGCCACCGCCUAGUGCAACUUGUACCUAUGGACAUGACGUCAUAUUAUGAAAAUCGCGCUGGCCCUUCAAACUUUGGGAACGUCAUUAGUCAGAUUUUGUUGUGCAAACAAAUCACUCCAGACUUCAACCAAGAAGAGCUUUGCAGCAUCGCUAAAGACACACAGGAUAUAAACAGAAUCGUCAGCGACAUCCAAGAAUAUUUACCGCAACAUGAUAAUCUUAACCAUUUAGAAACUAACGUUGCACUAAAGGGAGAUGACACAAAUGGUCUAUGGCGAAACAAGCGAAGAGGAUCUCUCUACAAAGGCAUGGGCGUUCUCUGCUGUAUGUCGCGCCCCAACUACCUUUGA